AGGAAAUAGCUGCUAUCCUUAUCAGCUUCGAUCGGCACGCAGAAUGGCAGAGCAAGGAGGUCAAGAUCAGGCCAAAGAGUGGCUCGAUGCUGCUGUACAGCAGGAAAAAAGUCCGAUAUCGCAGGGACGGCUACUGUUGGAAGAAACGGAAAGACGGCAAAACGACCAGAGAGGAUCACAUGAAAUUAAAAGUACAAGGGACAGAGUGCAUAUACGGUUGUUACGUCCACUCGGCCAUACUCCCAACGUUCCAUCGAAGAUGCUAUUGGCUUUUGCAGAAUCCCGACAUAGUCCUGGUACAUUAUCUGAACGUACCAUAUCCAGACGACAACAAGCUAGCCGUAAUAACACCCAAUUUAGCACUAUGGGCAGACAAGAAGGAAUGGACGAAGGACGAAUUGGUGUCGCAACUGAAACCCAUGUUUUUCAGCGAAGACGAACCGGAUUUACACAACGAACUAGAAAUUUCGACUGCCGAGACGGUGGAAGCCAUAGUAAGUCAGCUGAUGGAAAAGCAGCGGCAAGCUCGCCAGGCAGCUCUCGUGAAACAAUUGGAAUGCGGUUGUCCGGACUCGACUUGUGCCGAUGGCAAAAGUUGUUCUCAUCCCAUGAGAAGGAUAACAUCGGCAAAAGAAGUAUCGCCGUUGCCGAGCUCCAGUUCCAGACCGUCCAGCAGCCUGGAUAACAAUAAUCAGGUUUCGUCGACGACUGGAAGUGGACCGUUGCUAUUGACCAACAACAAUUCGCCGAGAGUUUACAGUAGGGAUGCCAGGAACAAUCCUAACUUAAAAAAUAAUACUGGUAAAACACCGCCGUUGGUCCUGAGUUUGUCUCAGAUACAAGGUGGUGGGGGAUUACUUAUUUUGAACAGUAACUCUUCGAACAACGCUAGUCACCAGAACAUAGUCAAUCCCGUUUCCGUUGCUAACUUCGUUUGCAAUACGAAUAGAGGUCAGCAAAAAGAUCGUACUAGUCACUUGGUCCUCAAGCAGGAAGUAAUGGAGACGAACUCAUCCUGCUGCCACCCCAAGGAAGUUAAAAGUAACCAAAGAGAAACCAAGAUGGAAGUCAACGAUAAUAUGAGACAAUCAAUGUUCGAAAACAUAACUUUUAGUAGGCAACAACAUCAACAGCAGCAGCACCAGCAGCAACAACAACAGCAGCAUCAGCAGCAGACUGAAGUUAUUAUGUCCAGUGCGCCAUCGACUCCUUCCAAGCACAUGGACACCAGUCACGAGGAAGUGGUUGAAGAGUACAAACACCAAAAUUUUUGCGGGGAAACUGUUGUCUUGUUGGGAACUGAUUCCAGCGGGUCAAUUAUAAGUAAAAGUGAUGGUUCUUCCAUAAUAAACAGUUUCUUUAACGAAACUCUCGACCUGUCCCAGGAGGACAUCCAGCGAACGUUGUCCGCCAAUAUGCCUUUGUGUUCAAAUGAAUUAGAUAAUCACCAGCGACACCAACAGCAGGAACAGCACAACAUCAGGAACGUUGUGCAAAUCAAGCAGAAUCGUCAAGUGGUCGAACCGCCGCCUUUGCACACCGAAAUUAACCCCAUGGACUUCAUAGACAGCUGCGAUGUCGUAGUAUCGCCCACACAUGUAGUGGACGAUGAUGUCUUUGUUAACCUCGACGCUUUCGAUAUGUUGGGAGAGUUUCCAGAUCUAGAAGCGCUAGACUCCGCAGGCCAUGCAGCCCUUUUAGAUGUCAAUCCGUCCGAAACCACGAAACAACAAGAACACCAACACCAACAACAGCAGCAGCAAGCUGUCAACCAAAACAACAUGGAGACCUCGGCCAAAAUUACCGACUACUCUCCCGAAUGGGCCUAUCCAGAGGGCGGCGUUAAAGUUUUGGUAACUGGACCGUGGCACUCGUCCAGCCCUUAUACAGUCCUUUUUGAUACAUUCCCUGUACCCACCACUUUGGUUCAAAGCGGUGUUCUACGAUGUCAUUGUCCAGCUCACGAGGCUGGCUUAGCGACGUUGCAAGUAGCAUGUGAUGGUUAUGUGAUAUCCAACUCUGUGAUAUUUGAGUACAAGUUGCCGCCGAGAGAGGAACAAGUGGCCGCCCCUGAGCCAAAAGUCGAACGUAGCAACGACAACCUGUUGAAGUUCACGCUGUUACAACGACUCGAAGCUAUGGACGACCGCUUGCAAAUCAAACAGGAACCCUCCGACGGCGAUGGCGUUGAGGAUACGACUUUAUUCACCCAACCCAGCUUUGAAGAUCGCUUGGUGAAUUUUUGUCAAAAUAUGACCUCGCGUAUUUGGCGCGCUGGUGAAGAAUUGAGCGUUUCAUGGUUUGCUAGUCACCGAGGUAUGACUCUGCUACAUCUAGCAGCUUCAUUGGGCUACUCUAGGUUGGUAUGUGCCAUGUUACACUGGCGUGCUGAGAACUCGUCUCUUUUAUUGGAAACUGAAGUUGAUGCACUUAGCCAAGAUGAAGAUGGAUACACUCCGCUGAUGUGGGCAUGUACAAGAGGUCACACCGACACCGCAGUGAUGCUGUACAAGUGGAAUCAUACAGCUCUAAACAUGAAAAACAACUGCAACGAGUCGCCAUUAGAAUGUGCAAAGGCCAACUGUCAUAUUGAUCUAGUGAAAGAGUUGGAGAAAUUAGAGAUACGAAGAGAUAAAGCCAACAUGCUUUUGCAUUCUAAUAAUUCGUCAUCUGACGCUGCAAGUUCACCAACUGUCAUUUCACCUGCUAGUUCUAUAGCUUCGUUAGCUUCUAUAGCGUCUACGAGUAAAUCUCACGAUGGGGUUUUUCUACGACCUGGCGCAGUAACAAGGAGUGAAUACAACAAGUACAAGAUACUAAACCUGGACCUAGACUCUGACUCCAGCCUCGGAAAGAUGUUAACCUCCACGCCAAGUCCUUUGCUGUCUGAUUCUUCCGCAAGCACAAGAGGUCAUAAUGGUCAAAAAUUAAUAAAACGCCCGUCCAUCGAUAGUGGUAUCCAUAUGAGCUGCGGGCCAGCUACGGAAACCACACGACCAAAAAGCUCCAAGAUGCGGGAAGCGACAAGACUUUCAAACAUUUUCAGGUUUGAUAGAAGCAUGUCUCUUCCACUACACUCCCCGCACUCUGGACGAGACCAUUCCUUUGAGGAUUCCUUGGAGGGCCCUGGCAGAAAAAUGGACUUUGCUUUAUGCGAGAUAGGGAGCGGCCAGAGAAGCGGGAGUCCGUUGAUUGACGUGGAAGCAGUCUCCGACGACGAUAACGGCGAAGUCCACCACCACAGUGGCGGCGCCGUAGGGGAACAAGAUGCAAGAGUGUUAACUUUGGCUGAACAGAUCAUAGCUGCAAUGCCAGACCGAAUAAAGAAUGAGAGUGAGGAUAUGCUAUUAGACAACAGUCCAGGUCCUCCAGACAGCCUUCAAACCAACGAUACACUCUCUGACGUUUUUAUGGAACCUCUAUUAGAUCAAUCUUCAUCAUCUUUUGAAUCUACAGAGUUUAACUUUGAGUUUUCUGAUCAUAACUACAGAUAUUAUGAUGUUGGUACUCCUUGCUCUAGUCUUAGUCCAGCUUCAUCUAGCUGCUUACAAUCGCCAUGUUCGUUUACUUUGGAUUCUCCAUCGCCUCCCCCGACUACUGCUGAUUUUUGUGAGUUUCUGCAAGCUUCAGGAACUGUUUUUGAGAAGGAUUUUUCCAACUUAACACUAUCAGAUCGUGAACAAAGGGAAUUAUAUGAGGCAGCAAAAAUCAUCCAGAAGGCGUAUCGCUCGUACAAGGGCCGGCAACAGCAGGAGCAGGACAAGGAGCGGGCCGCCGCCGUCGUGAUCCAGAACUACUACCGACGCUACAAGCAGUACGCCUACUACAAGCAGAUGACGCGCGCCGCCAUGGUCAUCCAAAACGGAUUCAGGUCCUAUUGCGAGAACAAGCGGUUCAAGAAGAGCCAGGAGGCGGCUGUGUGCAUCCAGAACUACUACCGCAACUACAAGGAGCAGGGGGGGACCAGGGGAAGCAGAGAGGGCACGCCCGUCUCAGCGGGCAUCAAACGUACUUACUCGCAGCGAAGACAGCACCAAGCCGCCAGAAAAAUCCAACAAUUCAUGCGCCAAUCUAAAAAUAAGUUGCAGAGAGAACGAGCCGAAAAAGAGAGGCAGGUGGACCAGUCGGCGGAUGUCCUUCAAAGGUUACAGUGUCAAGGGGGCUCUUCCACUUGCAUAGGCCAAAAUAGCAGGUCCGGUAACGUGAACUGCUCGGAAGAAUCAAAAGAGUGUAACAGUAAGAAAUGA